GAAUAUGUGUAGCUCUACAAAAUUAAAACCAAACCCCCACACCCAAAAACCUCUCAUUUUCGUUUUUGUGAUUAAUUCCAUUUCAAUAUGGAACAACACUUAAGUGAAAGCAGCUUGAAUCUGAAUAAUUAUGAUGUUAUAUUUAGAUCAACAUCAUCAUCCAAGAAUUGCAGCAGCAAAGUUGAGUGGUUGAAAAGGAUGGUGAAGCUGACUGUGUUUUGUUUGCUUUUAGGGCUGUUUUUUUCUCUCUUCUCUCUAUUUCCUCAUUCCUUUAGUGUCUAUUUUUCAACUUUCCUCUUCUCCAUUCUAACCCAUGCUGUGGAAAGAAAAUACAUGUUCUUGAUUUGUAAUAUUGGAAUUCUUUUUCUUCUUGCCACUUCCUCUGUUUCUUCUUCUUCCUCUUCCUCUUCUUUUGGGAAUUAUUGUCCAUUUCCCCAUUCCCGUCAUAAUCAUCAUCACAACUUAUUUGAACAUGAUGUUGUGGCCGCUGUUGCCACUGAUGAAGAAUCUGAUUCUGAUCACACCCAAGAAGAAGAAGAAGAAAAGGAAGAAGGAAUAUGUAGAGGUGAAUUAUUAGAAGAAGAAUUAGAAGAAGAUGAAGGGUGUUUUACAGAUGAGGUUGAAGAAGAAGAAGAAGAAGAAGAAGAAGAUCAAAAAGAAGGAAAAAGGAGAGAAUUAGAGAUAGUGGUGAGCACAGAAGAAUUGAACAAGAAAAUUGAAGAGUUUAUUAGAAAAAUGAAGGAGGAAAUGAGAAUUGAAGCAGCUCAAACUCACCUCAUUGCUGUGUAAUUUAAUUAAGUUAAAUGAUUGCCUAAUUAAUCAAUAAUAAUAUUGAUAUUAAUAUUAAUAUUUUUAUGGUCUAAUAAACCUUUUUCUUUUAUAUAU